GCGCAGGCGCAGCAGUGCUGUUUGUCGGCGCCUGGGAAGGGAGGGGGUACGCUCGCAGCCAAGACCAAGACCGAGGCCGAGCCGGAGCUGACAAGAUUUGACCGGGGCCCGGAACUAGGCUCCAUCCCCGCGCAGACCGCAGGGCUCUCGAGUGGAUGGAAUAGGCCGAGCCCUGAGAUCAACGCCCGCCCGGUCAGCUUGGCGCGGGGCCCACAGGGUGGGCAGGCCGGCCGGCAGGCGUGCCGAAGCCUCCCAGGGCCUUCGCUCGGGUCCCCGGCGAGGGGCCUAGGUCCCGGGCCCUCUAACAGGCCCCGCUUGGCCCUUUUGGACCGGAGCCAACCCGACCAGAAGUGGAGUCUCCACCGGGGCCAUAGGCCAGUGACUAGGCUAGGCGCGGGCCUCCCGUCGGGGCCGGACUGGGACGAGGCCCCGGGGAGGCCCCUAACACACUAGACCCUUCCCUCAGGCCGACGCCCUUCGGGAAGAUGCAGCGCGCCCUACCGGGCGCCCGCCAGCACUUGGGGGCCAUCCUGGCCAGCGCCAGCGUGGUGGUAAAGACCCUGUGCGCGGCAGUACUCUUCCUCUAUCUGCUGUCCUUUGCCGUGGACACGGGCUGCCUGGCGGUCACCCCAGGCUACCUCUUUCCGCCCAAUUUCUGGAUCUGGACUCUGGCCACCCAUGGGCUGAUGGAACAGCACGUGUGGGAUGUGGCCAUCAGCCUGGCCACAGUGGUGGUGGCUGGACGUUUGCUGGAGCCCCUCUGGGGGGCCCUGGAGCUGCUCAUCUUCUUCUCAGUGGUGAACGUGUCUGUGGGGCUGCUGGGGGCCUUCGCCUACCUCCUCACCUACAUGGCUUCCUUCAACUUGGUCUACCUUUUCACUAUCCGCAUCCACGGAGCCCUGGGCUUCCUAGGUGGUGUCCUGGUGGCACUCAAGCAAACCAUGGGGGACUGCGUGGUCCUGCGUGUGCCGCAGGUGCGCGUCAGCGUGGUGCCCAUGCUGCUUUUGGGGCUGCUGCUGCUGCUGCGGCUGGCCACGCUGCUCCAGAGCCCAGCGCUGGCCUCCUAUGGCUUUGGGCUGCUCUCCAGCUGGGUGUAUCUUCGCUUCUACCAGCGCCAUAGCCGAGGCCGAGGGGAUAUGGCUGACCACUUUGCUUUUGCCACCUUCUUUCCUGAGAUCCUGCAGCCUGUGGUGGGGCUGUUGGCGAACUUGGUGCACGGCCUCCUGGUGAAGGUAAAGAUAUGCCAGAAGACAGUGAAGCGCUAUGAUGUAGGUGCCCCAUCUUCCAUCACCAUCAGCCUCCCAGGCACAGACCCUCAAGACGCAGAGCGGAGAAGGCAACUGGCCCUGAAGGCCCUCAAUGAGCGGCUGAAGAGAGUGGAGGACCAGUCCGUCUGGCCUAGCAUGGAUGACGAUGAAGAGGAGGCAGGGGCCAAGGUGGAUAGCCCCCUACCCUCAGACAAGGCCCCCACACUCCCAGGGAAGGCGGCUGCCCCAGAAUCCAGCCUGAUCACCUUCGAGGCAGCUCCCCCGAAGCUGUAACUCCAGACCACCUUGAGUAUAGCACCUCCUCUCCCAAGCCCCCCUUGACACCUCUCAGCUACUCCAGGGCACUGACUGCUCUGAGGAGAGGGAAGAAGGCCUGCUGGGGGUUUCCACAGCCUUCUGCUAUUUCUCGCCAACACUACCCGGGACUCUUGCUAUCUGGUUCCAACUCCAGACAACCACUAUGCCAGGCAUCAGACAGCCCAGGCCAUCUGAGGUAAGACUGUACCUCAGCAGAGAGCCCCAGGCAAGUGGCUGCAGGGACACCGGUGCCACAGCUCCUGGGCCAACCCUUAUGCCUCAUACUGGUUGCCAAGAGCCCUGAGCCAAGGCAAGGAUUUGCCAAAAACAUUCUGGGGGUCCAGCCAGCGCAGGGCUGCAAUUCCCUGCCCACUCUCAGAAAGACUAUGUUCAUGUGAAGAUUUCUGAUUCCCUCUGCUGUGGUGGCUACGGCUGCUUCUGGGCCAGAAGAGCCACAGCUCCCAAGUAUUUUCUACAGGACCACUUGAGUGGGCAGCCAUGCCCAGCCUCGCAGUAUCAAUAAAGCAGUUCUUUGAGGUA